AAAUAAAGCAUCCUACCAAAAACAUUUUGUAAAGAACUAGCCAAGUCUUUAUGGAGCUGCUUGUUUAUCUCUAAAUAGUAAUGAUAGGUAUCUACACUAAGCUAAGUACCUAAUUGUUUACUACGCUGGGUUUUUGCAAUGAGUAGUAUUACUUUACUCUUUGGAGUGUCGAUUUUUUAUGUACCUACUUAUAAGUGAUAGGUUAUUCCCCCUUUGGAUUUGGAUGGUACGGCAGUGUUUGAGUAUAGUGUCUGAAUGGAUGAUUGUGCCUCUACAUACUUAAAAAAAAAUAUAUAAGAGUUGCCAUUGUCACCUAAAGGUAUAUAUGUCAAUAAUAUUUGCAAAAGGAAAACUCGUCAGAAAGAAAACUAAAAAUUGAAUCACUGAAAGGAGGAUAGGAUAAGAUUGGUUUAAAUAAUAUGUGAUCGCUACGUUUAUUGUGAAAGUUAAAUCAUGGCUCUGAAUUUGGAGAGCUGUGACAGUUUGCCUCCAGAUGAGGAGCCAAAGUUGAAAUACGAUAGAAUGGGUAAUGAUGUGCAAAACAUCCUACAGAAGGAUGCAGUGAGCUGUAUCUGUGUUCAUACAAAGUUCAUUUGUCUUGGCACGCAAUGGGGGGUGAUACACCUGCUGGACCACGAAGGAAAUACUGUGCCAAUUUCACAAGACGGGAAGGAUAAGGAGUUGCGAGCUCACGCUAUCGCCGUGAACAAGAUUUCCGUGGAUCUGAACGGAGACUACAUCGCUAGCUGUUCUGAUGAUGGGAAAGUGCUUGUGUACGGACUCUACUCGAGUGAUAAUGCCCACAGCUUGCCUCUCGGAAGAGUGAUCAAAUCUGUGGCAUUAGAUCCAUUAUACUUUAAAUCAGGUUCUGGAAGAAGAUUCCUCACUGGUGACACUAAACUCACACUAUACGAAAAGACAUUUCUGAACCGCAUCCGUAGUACUGUGCUGUUUGAAUGUGAAGGCUACGUGCAGGCCAUCUCCUGGCAUGACCGCUUCAUAGCUUGGGCCAGUGAGGUUGGUGUCCGGGUCUACGACCUCCAAGCAAGAUGCUCCCUAGGUCUCAUCCAGUGGGAAAAGUGUCCCAACAGAUCUAUUGAGGAUUACCGCUGCAAUCUACUGUGGUCAGCCCCCAAGACUUUAAUGAUUGGUUGGGUUGACACUGUUCGGAUAUGUGUUAUAAGAAAGCGUAGUCAAAUUGAGCUUCAGACCAGAGAUGUCACUGAGUACUUAGUAGAUCCUGUAUAUACCUUCCAGACAGACUAUUAUAUUAGUGGACUAGGCCCGCUGGAGGACCAGCUGGUAUUGCUAGGAGUGCCAAAGGAUUAUGAUCCUGAGACAGGCAAGGCCCAGCGGCCGGUUCUGAUGGUCGCUGAUUACAAAGAUUGUGAAUUUUGUGAAGUGUCCACUGACUUCCUCAAUAUUCGGGGUUAUGAAGAAUACUCUUGUAAUGACUACUUUCUAGAUAUGCUCAUUGAAGAAAAUAGAUUUUUUAUUGUAUCUCCUAAAGAUAUACUUGUAGCUAGUCCCUAUGAUAUUGAUGAAAAAAUAACCUGGCUCACAGAACACAGCAGAUUUGACAAAGCCAUGGCGGUGCUGGAGGAAGUCGGAGGGAAGACUGCAAAGCACUCGUUAGUCAUUGUUGGAGUGCAAUAUUUGGACCAUUUAUUAUCAGAGCACCUGUUUGAGGAGGCGGCCAUCCUCUGCGCCCGCAUUUGCAAGAAUGACAAGGCCUUGUGGGAAAACCAAAUUGUAAAGUUUGCUGAAGUCAAUCAGCUCAGGGCUAUCAGCCCCUAUGUACCUAAAAAUCCGGAGCAGUGCUUGAGCCCACACAUUUAUGAACUUAUUUUUUAUGAGUUCUUAAAAGUGGAUCCACAAGGAUUCCUCAGGCUGGUGAAGGAUUGGAAUCACAGGCUGUACAACACAGGGGUUAUUAUAAAAGGGGUGCUGGAUCACUUGCUGACGACAGAAGUGGACAAAAACACUUACCUGGAGGCCUUAGCCAUGCUGUAUUGCUAUCAGAGGAAAUAUGACAAAGCCCUCAAUGCAUACCUCAAGCUUCAGCAUAAAGAUGUAUUCAAACUCAUUUCCGAUUACAAAAUGUAUAAUGUGAUUCAUGACAAAAUAUUAGACUUAAUGACCUUGGACUGCAAUGAAGCAAUAUCCUUGCUUCUGGAAAAUAAAAUUCCAGUUGAAGUGGUUGAGAAGCAGCUGGAGAAACAUGACUACUUGUUGUUCCAGUACCUGCAUGCUUACAGUAAGAGGGAACCCAAUGGCAAGUAUCACGGGAAACUGGUGAAGCUCUAUGCCAAGUAUGAUAAAGAGAAACUUCUGCCGUUCCUCAAGUGCAGUGACAACUAUCCCAUCCAGGAGGCACUGGAUGUGUGUCAGAGCAAUGAGUUCUAUCCAGAAAUGGUGUUUCUGCUUGGUCGCAUCGGCAACACUAGAGAAGCUUUGCAGAUCAUCAUCGAGCAGCUCCACGACAUCAAGCAAGCCAUCAACUUCUGCCAGGAGCACAACGACAAGGAGCUCUGGACGGAUCUCAUCAAGCAAACUGUAGACAAACCCGAGUAUGUCACAUUGCUCUUGAAAAGGAUAGGGAACUAUGUGGACCCUCGGAUGUUAAUACAGAACAUUAAGUCUGGAUGUGAAAUCAAAGACUUGAAGGACUCUCUGGCGAAGAUGAUGUGUGAUUACAGGCUCCAGCUAUCAGUGCAGGAGGCCUGCAAAGUGAUCACACUGCGGAAUUUCUUUGAGAUUCAUGAGAAGCUCAUUAUCGGUCAGCGGAGAGGAAUCUCAGUGACUGAUGAUUUCCUGUGUUGUGUUUGUCAAGGUCGCAUUAUUUUCAAGGACUUGUCUAAUGCUUCAAACCUAAAAGUGUAUAAUUGCAGGCAUUCAUUUCACAUAGAAUGCUUGCCUGAAGGUGCGGAGUCCAAUAGUUGUCCUGUAUGUAGUGCGGUCAGGAUGUGACGUACAGACAGUGAGCUCAAUAUUUGUUCUUAAGUGGUAGAGACUUGAACAAUUUGAAUAAUAUUUUUACAUGUAACUAGUGAUAACAAAUUAUAACGACCUAUUUAUUAAUUGCCAUUGGUUGAACUAAUUGAUGAGGUUUAAUUGAUAACACUAUUUGGUGCUUUUAUAAUAAAGUGGCUUUUGUAUUAUU